AUGAACGUACUGAUUUGGGUCUCAGGUGCUUUCGCAAAUGCAGAUACUGAAGAUUCAUCAAAUUUGGAAGAGGAAUUCGUAGAACUUGAGGCUGCAAGUGCUGAACAUCAGGUGGAAAAUACAGAAGAGAUUCAUGGUGAAGACGAUGGGGAAAUACCGAAAAUGAAAAAAUUGAAGAUGAAAACACUGAAGUCACAAGUACUGCAAAUGGUACAACGACUACCUACAGAAAGUCGAAGAAGAAACCGCAUUAAAACAGAAAAAGAAGAGAAAAAACAAGAAACGCAAAACAAAGUCCGUAUGCUAGGACAACCGCAAGCCGUCGGAUAUUCUGGACCAACAUUCAUCGCUAUUCGAAGUGGAAAGCAUAGUUCAUCUACUGCUAAUACUCAUGCUCAGGAUUUCGAGGCGCUUCUCGAACUUGAAGAGUUUCGACCAUUAGCUAAAACUGAUCAUGGACUAGUAAAACCAGUGGUGAUCAUGACGGUUGAUGGAGGGCCAGAUGAAAAUCCGCGUUAUCAGAAAGUCAUAGGGUUUGCUAUACAUCACUUUAAGCGACAUGAUCUCGAUGCAUUGUUUUUAUCUAUCAAUGCUCCUGGAAGAAGUGCGUACAACAGAGUAGAGCGCAGAAUGGCUCCUAUUAGUCGAGAACUGGCUGGUUUAAUAUUGCCUCAUUACCAUUUUGGGUCUCAUUUGGAUGAACGUGGCGUUACAAUUGAUGAACAUUUAGAAAGAUCUAAUUUCGAAUUUGCAGGAAAUGUAUUAGCUGAAGUAUGGAGUUCAAUGGAAAUUGAUGGCUAUAAUGUUACUGCAAAAUAUGUUGGGGCAGGUGAACAAGAUCUUCCUGAUUUUCCAGACAUUAAAUGGUAUUCGGAACAUGUGCGUGAAAGCCAAUACUUGCUUCAAAUUGUAAAAUGUAAAAAUACAAAAUGCUGUUGUUCAAGAAGUGGUCUAUUCAGAUUACUAGACAACAGGUUUCUUCCACCACCUGUAAAAGUAAAACAAACAGUUGAUGACUUGGUUUUGGAUGAAGGAGGGUAA